CAACCCAAGAACCACAUCGUUUUCACCACAACAGCGAGAACACCGCGCACCAGGCAUUAUAAGCCUUAUCGGUUACAAAAACAUAUACCAACCCCAUCCGCGACCACGAAUACCCACAAAUGUCGCAAGACACCGGCAUAUUCAGCGUGCGCCGGCCCCGAGAAACCCUCGGUGGCAUUAACUACAACUCCAACAUUCCCCAGCCCGCCUCCGCCAUGAAGCGCUCCAACUCCAUCUCCGGCCCCGGCGGCUUCACCGCCAACCAGUCCCGCUCCAUCUCCGGCUCUCGCGCCUCCCUCGCCCCCUCGCGCCCAAACCAGCCGCAAUUCCAGCGCUCCUCCUCCGGCACCAACCUCGCCGAUAUGGGCCUGUCGUCCGUGAAGCGGACUUCGUUCCAGAACGCCAGCAGCGGGGGACGGAAGAGCUUCGCGCCGGGCGGCAUCGCGACGGGGUCGAGGCCGUCGCAGGAGGCGAAUGAGAGGCGCAGCAGCAUUUACAGGUCGCGCGCCUCGAGCAGUGGGCCGGGCGGCGCGCAUCAGAGUUUCUUCCAGCAGGCGCCGGCGCCGGCGGGGGCGCCGAGGGAUCCGCGGCCAUUGAAGGAUCGGGCGUACCAGACGAAGAUUGGACAGGAGUUGUUGGAUUAUAUGGCGAAUUAUAAUUUUGAGAUGGAGAUGAAGCAUAUGCUUUCGCAGAACACGAUUCGGUCGCCGACGCAGAAGGAUUUCAACUUUAUGUUUCAGUGGCUGUAUCAUCGGAUUGAUCCGAGCUAUAGGUUCUUGAAGAAUAUUGAUCAGGAGGUCCCGCCGAUCAUGAAGCAGUUGAGGUAUCCGUUUGAGAAGAGCAUUACGAAGAGUCAGAUUGCGGCGGUGGGGGGGCAGAAUUGGAGUACUUUUCUCGGAUUGCUGCAUUGGAUGAUGCAGUUGGCGCAGAUGCUGGAUGGGUAUGCCGCUAACCACUACGACGAUGCGUGUCUUGAGGCAGGUGUCGACGUUAGCGGUGACCGUAUCAUAUUUGAUUUCCUGCGCGGCGCUUACUUGGAGUGGCUUCAGAUGGACGAAGAUGCCGAUGACGACGACCAGGAGCGCGUCUUGGCGCCUCACGUCGAGAACAUGGCCCACCAGUUCGAGAACGCCAACUCCAAGUACCUCGAAGAGAUGAAGAUCCUCGAAGCCGAGAACGAGCAUCUCCGCCUCGAGAUAGAGGAGGUGGAGAAGUCGACGCCCGACAUCAACAGCCUCGACAACCACUUCAAGAUCCUGCAGGAGGACAGAGUCAAGUUCGAGGGCUACGACGAGAAGAUGGCACAGAAGUGCGAGAGGUACGAGACGCGCAUCCAGUUCCUGCAAGACGAGAUCAAGAAGGCCAUGACGGAGCUCAACGACGCCGAGGAGGAGCGCAUGAACCUCCAAAAGUCCGUCGAUGACCAGGGAAUCAGCAUGCAAGACAUCGACCGCAUGACUUCGGAGCGCGAGCGCCUCCAGAAGGGCAUCGAGGGUACGGCAUCGCGGCUAGAGGAUGCAAAGAAGAGGGUCAACGAGAAGGAGUUCGAAGCCAGCCGGAAACUCGACGAACUCGAGCGCCUGGUGGAAAAUUACAACAGCCUGGGUUACCAAAUCGGCCUCAUCCCCUCUACAGCCCCCAACGCAAAGGGCAAGAACUACGAACUGCAGAUCCUCGUCAACGAAGGCCAGCAGUUCUCCAGCUCGCAGAUGGGCAACAGCGCUGGUUCCGAAAGCGACCGACUCCUUGCCGACCCCGUCAGCGGCUACCAGCCGCACCAGAUCCUCAGCCUUGACCUGCGCGGACAGGCGCGCGGGGCCUUCCUGGCGCUCAAGAAGGAGGUGUCUGACCGGCGCAGCGCGGUGGUGGAGGCGAUGAUGAAGAACCACGAUCUGCUGGACGGGAUCAAGGAGGCGAUUGAGGAUAAGCGCAGCGAGGUGGAGGCGCUGGAGCACCGGGUGCGGGCGGCGCAGGAGGAGUUUGAGAAGACGAAGGAGGUGACGACGACGCAGAAGAUUGCGUCGGAUACGCAGAUUGAGAAGAUGGAGAAGGAGUUGGCGAAGAUGAGGGGGGGGUUGACGGAGUCGGUGCAGUUGAUGGAGCAGAGGGAGAUGAAUACUAAUAUUGAGUAUGAACAGCUUACUCUCCGCGCGAACGCACUCAGGGAGGAACUGCACACAGAGGUUGAGCGUAUGCUCAAUGAUAUCAUCAAGUUCAAGGUGCACGUGCAGAAGAACCUCGAGGACUACGAGGGGUUCGUGGUGGAGGAGGUGGAGCACGAGCUCGGGGGCGCGGAGGAGGAAGGUGAUGAUACCCGUACGGUUGAUAUGAGCUGAGAGAUAGGGAGAGGAAGAGGAAGGAGACAGACGGGGAGUAUGAUAUCCGAGAGGUUCGUCAGGAGUUGAGGAGAGUUUUUUUCUUCUAAGGGUAGCCCGGAAACGGGGAUGGAAGGGGUCUUGUUUGCGGAGGGCAGCACAUUCCAAGUAGCUGGUCGGCGUUCUUUGUUAGUUGUAAAUGAUGAUGUAUGGGGGGUAGGG